AUGUUAUUGAAAAUAAGAUAUAAUUAAAUAAUAUCAAAAAUUAGUAGAAAUAAUUAAUUUAAUAUUGUUAUUACUGUACUUAUAAAUUUAUUAUUAUGUAUUUAAUCAUUAUUAUUAUUCAUAGUGUUUUUUAAAUUUCUAACCAAUCAAUUUAAUUAACUCAUCUUUACUUAAAGUAAUAAUUUUUUGACAAAAAAUUUAAAUUUUAAAAAUUCAAAAAUGGAAAAUAUUGAGUAAAAAAAGCUGAAAUUAGAUUGCUAAAUUCACUAAAAUUAAAACAAAAAAUUUAUUAGAGUAGACUAAGAUGCCUCAGAUACUCUUUAUUGCUCUUAUUGUCUACAUGGUUCUAAAAAUUGUUAAUUCAUGAGUAUUAAAAAACUCAUAGAGAUUGAAAAUAAUAAGAAUUAAUUUUUAACAAAUUGGCCUCCACUUUAGUAAGACGAAUAGGAUAUAAUAUUAAAUAAAAUCAAUCAUAUUUUUGAAGAUGAUUCUCAGGAAAUAGAUAAGGAAGAAGGAGAAAUAAAAAAAUAGUUUGAAUAAGUUAAAAUGAAAAUAAAUAAUAUUAUCCAUCAACUAGAAGAAUUUAUGUAAUCAAAAAUAGAAGAUUUUGGUAGAGAGAAAAUAGAGCUGAAGUAAAAAUACAUAGAAAUGACUUAAUUUUAAAAUAUUCUAUCAAUUAUAAAAAAUGAUUAGCUCAGUAUUAGUUAAAAAGAUGAAGCUGUUUUAUAGAUAGUUAAAAUAUGCCAUUAAAAGUCUGAGAUCAAUACUUAAUUUCUUAGCACUAGAUUAAAACAAUUAGAAGAAAAUAAUAAUAAGAAUAGAUUCUUAAGCUAAGUAGAAAGCUUUCAUUUGCAAAUCGAAGAAAUUACAAAAAACUUCUAAAAAAUGGUUAACUAAAACAAUUAAUUAAUUGCAUAAGAGGAUCACAAUUAAAAUAUUGAUAUUGAUACUGAUUAGAAAGUUAAACUUUUACAACAUUUUAUAUCCAAUAAAUCAAACAAUUUAAACCAUCAAUUUUUGCAAAACAUAAACAAAAAGUUGUAAAAUUUAAAAAUUUUUUUUGAAGACCUUGAUUUUAAUGAUAUUUACUAAAAUGGAAAUGUUCUCCAUUUUAGCUUUUUAGACUUGGAUGAUCAGAAAAAGGAAUAAAUGUAAUAAAUUUUUAAUUUUAUUUAAAAUGAUGAAGCUCAAAGAAAUCAAAAUGACAAAGUUGAAAAAUUAAUUUCUUUGAUUGGAAAUAAAUCAAAUUUUUGCACUGACACAUUUUUGUAAUAACUAAAAAUGAAUUUAAACAAAUUUAGCUUUGUAUUUUCAGAACUUGAUAUUGAAAAAGUUCAUGAUUAAAAUCUCCAUCCUAUUGAUUUUAAUAUUUUAAACUUAUAAUAAAUGGUUGAUUUAUAGAAACUUGUUGAUAAAAUAUCAGAAAUUACAUAAAAAAACAGUUUUGAUUCUCUCUAAUAAAAUCAGCAAGUUAUUGUAUAAAAUAUUUAAAAAUUUGCUUAAUUUUAAGAUAAUAUUUCUCAACUUUUCUUAAGCUACCCAAUUCUUUAACUAACCAAUUACACCACCUGCUAAAUUGGCUUUAAUUUAGUUAAAUCAGAAUAUGAUAGGUCACCUUUUUUAAAGAUAGAAAAUUAGAGGGCUCUUAUACAAUACGAAGAAGGAAAUCACCAUUAGGCUUAUACUGAUUUUGUUUUGUAAAAAGAGAAAAACUAUAUAUUUAGAAUUUUAUAUAAAGCAAAAAAUAGCUUUAUAGGUUUUGGUUUAACCUAAGAAGUAUAUAAAGAUCAGAAUUUAUUCAAUUAAAAUCUGUCUUUUAGAAGCAAAGGAGGUAAUUAUGGCUUACAUAAAUCGGUUAAGGGUAUAAACCUAACUGAUAUUAGCAUUGGUGAUAGAUUUAACUUUUUUGAAGUAAGAAUAAACUUAUCAAAAAAAUACUACCAAAUCACGGAUUAUCCUAACUAUCAAAAUUUGAACACAGUAGCAGACUCUUUUAAAAUUUAAGAAAACGAAUCUUAUAGAUUUGUUGUUAACAUUCAUGGUUAGCCUAAAAUAGGUGAUUUUAUAGAAAUUGUAGAGAUUCUUGAUGUAGAAGAAUUCCCAAACUGGUGA